GUGAGAAUGAAGCUCCUGUUCAUCCUGGUCGCGGCAUCUGCCGUCUCCGCCCUGGCGUUCGUGCCGCCAACAAAGCCCCUUCUCUCUCAACGACACACACAGCUGGUGAAGCGCAGAGCAACGUACAGGGCAUUCAUCACACAGCACUUUGGAUCUGUUGUCUGCUUACCUGGCUUUGCAGAAGGCGGCACCAUCGACCGCCCCAGGUGUGGCGCCUCCCAUCGGCUUCUUUGAUCCCGCCGGCCUCUCAAGAGGUGAGCAAGACAACUUCGCGGACAGCACAGGGCAUCCCUGUUACUCCCUCACGCCUCUCUCUCUCUCUCUCUCUCUGUGUGUGUGUGUGUGUGUGUGUUUGUGUGUGUGUGUGUGCUUGUUUGUGCAGGUCUUGACACUGAGGAUGAGGAGUUCAAAUUCCUUCAGGCCGCGGAGAUCAAGCACGGGCGCGUGGCAAUGCUGGCGGUGCUGGGGUAUGUCGUGCCCUACUUCUUCAAGCUGCCGGGCAUCCUGGACACCACCACUGGCCUCGCCUUCGCUGAUGUCCCGGCAGGGUACGUGUGGCUGAUUUACGGAUGGAUGCCACCACACAGACUGAUUUUGCACUGGAGUCGAUUUGUGCCGUGUGUGUGUGGGGCGUGCAGGCACGCUGCGGUGACAAAGCUGCCGUCAUUCGGGCUGGUGCAGAUCCUGCUGCUCAAUGGCAUCCUCGAGGGAGCCACAUGGGACAUCAUGUACAAGGUCAGUCAGCCAAUCGUGUGUGUGAUGUGCUGUGAUCUCAUCGGUGACUGGCUCCUGCCUGCCUGCCUGUCUGUCUGUCUGUCUGUCUGUCUGUGCCUGCAGGAGCCCGGGUAUGCUGGCCCCGGUCGGAUUCCGAUGAUUCAGAAAAACCCCGAGAAGCUCAAGACCCUCGCCACCCAGGAGAUCAACAACGGUCGACUGGCGAUGGUCGCCAUCCUGGGACUCAUUGCACAAGAACUCAUCGGCAAUCCCGUCCUGAAGUGAUUGCAGCGACAAGCAGAGACAGACAGAAAGAAGGACAGACAGCCGGCUGAGGCGUCCGCAUGUAGAAAGCGACGGAUGGGGAGUUUUUGCCCGUGGGGUAUUGGAAGUUGAGAGUGCUUCCAUCCAUCCAUGCAUGGAUGGAUGGAUGGACGACGCGACGUGGUGAGGUGAG